AGUUCGAAUUGAUUAUGUUUUUCCGUGUAUGUAGAAAGAUAAUAUUUGAUCAAGGACAAGCACAUGAAUUAUCCCUCCAAAAGUAGCGUCGGAGGGAGCUAUGCAGUCAAGGACACCAUACAACGCGUUCCGCAACAAGAGAAAGUUUUUAAUUSCGCCAGUGAAGCACUUGACGCUUAYAUAGCAGCUUACGAGAAACGUACCARCUUGUACACACGUCGUACGUCCGMUUUGCUAGCACCCAAACCAAAGUUUUAUUUCAUGGAUUCCUUGGAAAGAAGCUUGAUGGGGAGUCCAGGCAAGUCACCCGGACAGAAAGUUGACGAUCUUGUGGCUUGGGUCAAUCAAACGUAUAAUCAGAACGUCAAAAGUUCUGUUCAACCUUUUGGCGGUCGUACGGCGCUAUCCCGUGGCUUUGGCCAAGCUAAAGAAUCAAGAGAAACAAGAUCCAGAUCAUCCCAUUCAUCAUAUUAUUCAUCACCAAUGCGGAGAAGUGAUAUUGAUGAGCUAUCAUCUCUUCCUUCAGCUGGUUCAUCUCUUGUAGACCUUGACAGCAAUGCUGGGACUGUUGAGACAGAUAUCUUACUUAGUAGUUAUAAAGGGGAAAAGCCUGAAGAUAAAUAUUCAAGGUCAAAUAUAUAUUCUCCCCCAAAGAUGAGAAGUCCUGUGGUUMAAAAAUCACCUCAAAGAUCUAGUGGUAACUUUGAAUACCCUAGUUGGGUUUCUCAUCUUGGAAAAGAAUACCCUAGCUGGGUUGAGGACCUUGACAAUACUGCUCUUUCAAAACGCUCAUCUAGAAGUCCGCAACCAAAGUUCACCUCGACUGUGAAAUCAUAUUCUGAUUCUAACCUUUACAAGAUGACUAGGAAUACAACAAAGGGAACAAAUGAACUAAAACUAUCUGAACUAAAACAGUCUUCACCUAARUCAAGAACACCAAAGUCACAUAUAAGUCGUGUAAAAGACAGUCUUGUUCCUAGAAAAGAAUGGACAGACACUGCUAGUAUGGACACUGAUAUCUUAGURUCUCAGCCAAUUUAUGGUCAACGUCCAAUUAAUAUGGGAGGAGAUCUACACARAACAUUUUAUGAAGAUUCUAAAGUUAACAGAAUUAUAAAAGAAUCAUCUAAAAAGCUUAGAAAAAGUUCAGAGAAAUCUCGAUCUAGACCUCGYGAAAGAACUCGUGAUAAACAAUCAGUYUCUCCACGAUCAAAAAGUCUUGCAUAUACACCUCAACAUAUUUCYCAGCCCCUCUCCCCCAGGGGAUAUCAUAGCAUGCCUCCUMAAUCCAGGGGGGAGCUACAGAGGGAUUCAUCUCCUAGUAGAUAUAAAGAUUACUCUCCACURAGGUCAGGAGAUCAUAGCCGUUCUCCRGAACGAUUAGAACUCAGGCCAACACAAUUCACUAUGCCAGUUAGGCGACCAAAUUUUCAAAGUACAGAAAUUUAUCCAAAAGAAGAAAGAACUCCAUUUAGGUCGCAGUCAAAUUAUGAACAUCCUAUUGUCAUGCAAUCACCAUCUAAAAGUCAUAGUUACGAUCGCAGUCAURCAAGAGAUACAAGRAAUCUAACCCCUUCAAGUCAMRYUAAGCRUUCAGUCAAACAAUCUCRGAAGUCUAAAGAGUUASYGGAAGGUGGCGAGUCCUCAGAUACUGACAGAGAAAUGAGGAAAUCACCAACUGGUAUACGUAUGGAGAAAAUGUAUCGUGAACCAACAACGAUGUAUCCAUGGAAAASUAUGAUACAAUCUCCAAAUCACAAGUCRGUAGUAUUUCAUGAUAGCUACAGUCCAGGGAAACCRGYCUAUGAGUCAACACCGAUGGUACGAAAAGAGAUCAUCRAUGAAAGAGAACACUUGAAGGACAGUUCACCAAGAGAAUAUGUAAURCAAAAUGUUCCUACAAGAUCACCAGGGCUUCAAAAGRCUCUCCCUCGUCCYGUUUUCACAAGCACUGAGAGGGAACRUUCUGUUYCCCAYAAACCACCAGUAGCACCAAGAAGCUCACAAAAGCAGGGAAGACACAAACGAAGCCAGACAGUGCCUGAUUUGAGAAAAAUAGGAUCCAAAUCACGUCAUGGAAAGUCUAGACGAAGUUAUGAUGAUGAUAUGCUGAGUAUUGUGACUUCAGAUACCGAAGUAUUAGUCACACAGCCUUCAAUGCCAAUAGUUGAUGUCAGUCCAUCAUUGACAACAGUGUCUGACAGUAGUGAUACCAUAGUAGGUUCAGAUACGGAAUCAGAAAGGGAGUCAAUAGCUCGUAAAAGGCAUACUAAGACAUCAGCGAUAAAUAACGAGGAGGUUACAAUGGAUUCUACAGCUAUUGAAAGAACCCAAGAAGACAAAUUCUCACCUACAAGUGUGUUUGCAUCUUCUAGUCCAUAUGCUGCUGUUAGAGAAGAAYUGCCAAAGAGAUAUCAUCUCUGGAAACUAGAUGACGACACCACAGCUCCAGACAGUUUCAUUAGAAAAAGACAUGUAUCAGGUGACAAGACCAAUAUUAUUUCAUCAUUCUUGGAMGAUUGUUUGAACAUUGAUGAUGACAGCUAUGACCAGAACAAAAAUAAAAUCCAGUCAUCUUCUUAUCAUUCCUCUUCACGCCUAAGUGGUCUAAAUGGUAGAGAAUCAGCUCCUGGUCCAAAAGAAGCUCUCAAGAAUAUGUUAUUCACCAUGCAGGACAUGGCCCAUCAUGAUGACGAGACACCUCGAUCAGUUGAUAACAGAAGAGUACACUUCAAGAAAAACCGUAUACCAGCAGAUGAUGUGGAUAGCUUGAAUGACGAUCAAAGUGAUACAUCGUCACAGCUGUUUCACGGCGAAGAAUCGCUACAAAGGGCAUAUCAUCACCUUCAGCGUCUAAAGCGACUUGUGGGAAGCGAGGAUGAUCAAUCAUCUGUAGCAUCAGACUUCUAGCGUAKUGAUCAAAGAGUACUGCCAAAGUCCUUGUAUGAUGAAAUUCAACUGCACUAAACAGUAAAUUCAAGGCUUUUGUGCGAGCAAAUCRUACAAUGAUCAGAAAAUUUACGCUUUGACUGCCACUGCGGUAGUUUACGUCAAUUUAGGCAUUUUCAACGCGUGAAACCUGACUCUUUUAGACACUAUAAUUUUAGUUUUCUGAUUUGUCAAUAACCAAUCAUCUAUCGCUUUUCACUUGAUUGAAAGCUUUAAAAAGUCUAAAUCAAACUGAAAGGUUUACAGGUGAUCGUAGUACAAGGAUUUUCGCGGUAACAAGGAAUAUUKAGUGUAGGUGUACCAGUAGUAAAUUAGUAAAAUUAUUGUACAAUUCAUUUUGUAUGAAUAAAGCUAUAUAUAGUAGUUUCAUAUACAA